ACCGUGGAUAUACGAGACGUUUUCCUGUGAAUUCAAGGUAAUUUCUACCGUGGAUAUAUGGGAGAUCGCGGACUCUCAACUUUUACAAAACAACCACUUUACACACACUAAACGGUUUCGAAAAGUGAACUUUUCAGGCAAGUAUUACAAAAAGAAAUAACCGCGAGUGCUUACUUUUGACUGAUCGUUUUAUCUGUCUCCCCAAAAACGCCUAUCAUGUAAUAAUAAUUGUAUACAUCGCAUUAUCUUCCUCGCGAUCAAAUUAUAAAUUAAGGUCUGAGAUAAUAUGGCACAGUUGAAAUAAAAAUUUGUCCCGAUAGCAGUGAAAAGUUCUGCACCAAUCUGUUAUGGAAUUUUCGACGAUUUUCGCAACAAUUCUGGUAAUUCUGCUCCUCUACUAUUACUUCUCCACCCGAGAGAAUUUCUUCGAUAAACACGGCAUCCCCUACGUCAAACCUGUACCUCUACUUGGGAACAUGGCGCCGAUGUUCUUAUUCCAGCAGAUGUCCCUCUUCGAAACAAUGCAGAGAACCUACGAUUUGAAUAAGAACGCCAAGUACGUGGGAUUCCUUGAUUUUGAGACUCCAAUAGUGAUGAUUCGUGAUCGUGAACUUGCUAAAAAUAUCACUGUCAAGUACUUCGACUAUUUCGUCAAUCACCGUGACUUCAUCAGAUCCGAGCAAGAUCCUCUUUUCGGGAAUAUUCUCUUCAACUUGCAUGACCACAAGUGGCGUGAGAUCAGGAACGUGAUGACUCCGGCUUUCACGUCUAGUAAAAUGAAGGGUCUCUUCAAGAUUAUUUCCGAGUGCGCCAAGAAUUACGUAGAUUACUUCGCUGAGCAAUCUCGAGACAGACCACUUGAGCUCAACACCAAAGAUACAUUUGCAAGAUAUACCAACGACGUCAUAGGAACCUUUGCUUUCGGCGUGACCAUUGAUUCCAUCAGAGAUCGCAAUAAUUACUUUUACGCAGUGGGCAAAAAAUCGACGAGUUUUGAGGGAUUGCCAGGAUUCAGAGUAGUCUUAUUACGAUUAGUUCCGACAUUCUGUAAAUUAUUCAACAUUAAGUUCAUCACUGAUGACGUUGUCGCUUUCUUCAACAAGCUUGUUAAAGACACCAUCGCAAUGAGGGACGAAAAGGGAAUAUCUAGACCGGAUAUGGUCCAACUGAUGAUGGAAACGAGAAAUAAGGCGGGGGGAGAUGGAGCCAAGCUGACGACCCUCGAGAUGACUUCUCAAGCAUUCAGCUUCUUCUUCGGGGGUUACGAAACUUCCUCAACAUUCAUGUGUUUUGUGGCACAAGAGAUAGCUGAGAAGCCGCAUGUUCAGGAGAAACUCCGGAGGGAAGUAGAUCGGGUUUACGAAGAGCAUGACGGAGAGCCUACAUACGAAGCUAUUAAUAACAUGGUUUAUCUUGAUGCAGUGAUCAGUGAAGCACUGCGGAUGUAUCCGGUCUUUGCAUUUCUGGACAGGGUUUGCAAUGCAGAAUUUGAAUUACCCCCAGUCCUACCUGGGAAGGAUCCAGUGAUGUUGAAACCUGGUGACAUCGUGUGGAUUCCAGUUUAUUGCUUUCAAAGGGAUCCGGAGAAUUUUUCCGAUCCGGAUGUCUUUGAUCCCGAACGCUUCAUCAAAAAUGGGAAACCAUCCGUCAACUCGGCCAACUCCAUCUCAUUCGGGCAGGGACCCAGAAUGUGCAUUGCCAACAGAUUUGCACUUCUGGAGACUAAGAUCCUGUUUGUUCAUCUCCUGAGGAAGUGCUCGCUAAAGCCGGGUAAGAGAAUGAUUACUCCCUUGAAGCUGAGCAAGACGAGCUUUCUCAUGAGGGCUAAGGGCGGCUUCUGGGUGGAGUUUCAACCGAGGAGUAUGUUCCUGGAUUUCACCAUGUACUUCUGGAUGAUAUUAGCAACAAUUGUCUUAGUGUUGUUCCUCUACUACUACUUCUCCAGCGAAGAGAAUUUCUUCGAUAAACAUGGGAUUCUCUACGUCAAGCCGAUUCCCUUUUUGGGAAACAUGGCACCGACAAUUUUUCGGCAGCUACCCAUGGUGGAGAACAUCAAUAACAUUUACAAAUUGAAUAAAGACGCCAAGUACGUGGGAUUCUUCGACUUUGGAUGCCCAGUUGUGAUGAUACGUGACCAAGAACUCGCGAAAAAUAUAACUGUCAAGUACUUCGAUCAUUUUGUCAAUCAUCGUGGCUUCGUGGAUCCCGAGCAGGAGCCCCUCUUCGGUAACAAUCUCUUCUCGUUGCACGAUGAGAGAUGGCGGUCGAUCAGAAAUCUGCUGAGCCCUGCGUUCACCUCCAGCAAAAUGAAGGGCAUGUUCAAACUCAUGUCUGAGUGUGCUGCUACUUACGCUGAUUAUUUCGCUGAACAAUCUCGAGACAAACCAUACGAGGUCAAUUCCAAAGACACAUUUACCCGCUACACCAAUGACGUCAUCGGUACAUGUGCAUUUGGAAUUAAAAUUGAUUCCAUCAGGAACCGAAAUAACGAGUUCUACGUUCUGGGCAGAAAAGCAACUAACUUUGACGGGAUACAGUCCAUAAAAUUCUUUGCGGUACGAAGUUUUCCGAAAUUGUCGAAAUUUUUCAAUGUCAGAGUCAUCUCUAGUGACGUUGACGUCUUCUUCAAUAAACUUGUGAGAGAUACCAUCGCGAUGAGGGACGAAAAAGGAAUAUAUAGACCAGAUAUGAUCCAACUGAUGAUGGAGACGAGGAAGAAUAAGGAAGGAGAGGGACCCAAGCUGACGAUUAAAGAGAUGACUUCUCAAGCCUUCAUUUUCUUCUUCGGGGGCUUUGACACUUCUUCGACCUUGAUGUGUUUUGCGGCUCACGAGAUCGCAGCGAGGGCCGAUAUCCAGGAAAAGGUCCAGAGGGAGAUAGAUGAGGCUUUCGAUAAGUAUGAUGGAGAUCCUCCAUACGAAGCUGUUGCCAACAUGGUUUAUCUCGACGCUGUAAUCAAUGAAGCACUCCGAAUGUAUCCGGUGGCUGCUUUUCUGGACAGGGUAUGCAAUACGGAAUUUGAAUUACCGCCAGCUCUACCGGGAAAGAAACCGGUGAUGUUGAAACCAGGACAAAACGUGUGGAUUCCAGUGUAUCCUAUCCAGAGAGAUCCUGAGAAUUACUCCAAUCCUGACGUCUUCGAUCCCGAGCGCUUCAUCAAAAAUGGACGGUCAGCCGCCAAUUCAGCCAACUCUUUGACCUUCGGCCAAGGACCCAGGAUGUGCAUUGGAAACAGGUUUGCGCUUUUGGAAACUAAAGUACUCUUGGUGCACCUGUUGCGGAAGUGUUCGUUAAGACCUGGGAAAAAGAUGAUUCUACCGUUACGGUUGAGUAGAACCACUUUCGCUAUGACUGCCGAGGGGGGAUUCUGGGUGGAAUUCCAGCCGCGAAACAUAUAAAAAAGAAUGUUGGGAUACAAAAAAUUGUUCUGCGAUGUAAAUAUAAUUUAGGGUAAUUAUUAUUGUAAAAAAUGACUACAUAUGACACUGUUAUGGAUUGAAAAAAAAUUGCUUCAUAUCAAAUGAUGUAAUUAUCGCUGAUACAAAAUAAAAAUUUACAUCCACAUAUUUUUCUACCAUGAGUGAGAGAAAUAAAUUACUGACGAAUCAAUGUCAAGGUACAUUGAAAACUCGUCCGAAGACAACAUCUAUUACUAUGGUCAAGGCUAUUGUAAUUUCAUUCACUCAUUAAUGGAAAGAACGGGCAAUGUUUUACUGCAAUAUAGAGUGUUUAUAUCAACGUAUGAAUCAUUGUUAUUGUCUACUAAAAUUAAAAAAGGGAUUGCCUUAUCUUAUAAUUACGUCGCGAUUAUUGACACUUUUAUAUGAAUGUAAAAGGUGAUUUUAUAAAUUGUACACUGAUA